AUGAAAGUCACACAUAAGACGACAGAUAUACAGCUACCUAAAGCGGUACUGGACACGACUCUUAAUGACCUUUGCCGCCAAGCUGGAUCUGAAUACCGCAACAAACGAAUUGGCCAAGUACUCAGUAGUUUCAGCGCUCUGGUACCACCGAGUUCCAAGAUUACCCCUAACCACAAAUACAUCUACCAGGGUGGCCCCUUUACAAGCAGUAAGGGGUCACGUACAGAGAAGGAGGAUUCAGCAACGGCCAUCAAGUAUCUCUCACUCGUAAAUCAACGGGGCGCUUUCGAAUGUGGCACAGCGCCAGUCAUCUUCUUCUAUAUGGACGGAGACUCAAAGAAGAGAGACCAUGAUCGGAAACAGGUCGCCAAGACGUCGGCGACACUUCCCGAUUAUCAACGGCCACAACCUGUCUUUUGUGAGGGACCUGAUUCGAUCCCUAUCAACGAGACUGGAAUUGACUUACUCGCCUGUAAAGUCGUUCAUGAUAGUUUAGAGAGACACAGCAACACUCUGGUCUUCCUACACCGAAGCAGUGGUCUUGACAGCUUCGUUAUUCCAGGAGACUGUACUGGUAACAGGGGAACAUGGCUCAAAGAGCAGAGUCAGCGAAUAUACGACGCACUCAAGUCUCAUCCCCUUCCAUUCGUGCUCAAGAGCCAAGCAACAUUUGGUGGUGCAGGGACGUUCAUUGUCAAGACUGAGGAGCAACGGCAAAAGAUUAUUGAUAACCUGGGAAAGGGGUUUCUCGGCCGGUUACUCUCCUCUGUCAACGCGGAUAACUCGCAUCUCGAGCCCGCAACAAUGCUUCUUUCAGACAUGAUACAAAAUCCAAUUGGUGACUAUGGAAUGACGGUUUUUAACAACAAGAAGGGGCAAGAACCAGUGUUUCUAGGAGUGUCCAAACAGAUGAUUCAAGAUGGUACAGCUUGGGUUGGAAGUACAAUCGACUACCGCCAACAGAGCGAGUUGAGACUCAAAUUUGAAACGCUCACGAACCAGAUAUCGGAAUGGCUUCAAUCGUACGAGUACAUUGGUCCUGCAGGAGCAGAUGUCCUUGAGGACGCAGAUUGCUUUCACGUGGUUGAUCUCAAUGUUCGCACAACAGACUCUUGCUAUCUGCCAUUACUACGAAAACAUUUUACAAACCGAGAACUUUACAUUGCAUCAUCCUUCUCUACUGAGGUGCAACAGCGUCGCGACGAGUUUCUGGAUAUGUUCAAGGCUGAGUUUCAAGACGGUCGUAUGUGUGUGAUAAGCUGGUAUGAAGACCAAGAAAAGGGGAGCAGUUUAGCAGAGCUUGUUAUUGGAGGAGGAGAAGGUGACGAUAGAUUGAAGGAACUCAUGGAUCGUGCUAAUGAGAUGUCGAAGAGUGUUACCUUUUAG